UCAAAAACCUUAAAAACCAAAAAAUACUGAAGAUUGUUUUAGUGCGUUUAAUACCUACUCUUUGAAAUUCGUUGUAGAAGAAGCAAGAGAAUGGUUUUUCUAGGAAAUAUGAUAAUCCUUCUCUUUAGCUCCUUGUGCAUAUAUCUUACCUUUAUGCUCGUCAAGGUCCUUCACAAACUAUGGUGGACUCCCAUUCGCAUACAAAAUUUCAUGGCUUCUCAGGGAAUCAGAGGCCCUUCUUACAGGUUCAUCCAUGGGAGCACAAAAGAAGUUCUGAUCAUGAAGAAAGAAGCCAUGGCCAAACCCAUGACCUUAUCACAUAACAUAUUUCCCAAAGUUCUGCCUCAAAUUUACACAUGGAUCAACACAUAUGGGCGGAAUUAUCUUAGUUGGUAUGGUCCUAAAGCACAUUUUGUUGUUUCGGAGCCGGAGCUAGUCAAAGAGAUACUAAAUAACAAAGAUAGAUCUUAUCCAAAAGGAGACAUUCCAGCCUAUUUUAGAUUGCUGUUAGGGAAUGGAGUCUCAACAUCAGAAGGUGAAAAAUGGACAAAACAUAGAAAACUGUCCACUUAUGCUUUCAAUGCAGAGAACUUGAAAGAUAUGAUUCCAGAAAUGAUUGCCAGUGUUGAGAUGCUGCUAGAAAGGUGGAAACAGAAUGAAGGCAGAGAGAUCGAGGUCUACCAAGAACUCAGGUUAUUGACGUCAGAAAUAAUUUCCAGGACAGCCUUUGGGAGUAGUUACGUAGAGGGGAAGGACAUUUUUGACAUGUUGACGAAGUUGUCCCUGAUAAUACAUAGGAAUAUCUACAAACUUAGGCUUCCUGGCAUAAGUAAGUUCUGGAGGACUCGGGAUGAAAUAGAAUCAGAGAAACUCGUGAAAGGAAUACAUAACUCUGUGAUGGAGAUAAUAAAGAAGAGAGAAGAAAAGGUGAAGACUGGAGAAGCAGAUGGAUUUGGGAAUGAUUUUCUUGGAGUUCUUUUGAAUUCAUACCAUGAUGCGGACGAGAAGAAGAGGAUUUCAAUAGAAGAUUUGGUUGACGAGUGCAAGACAUUCUACAUUGCCGGACAGGAAUCCACUAAUUCAUUGCUUUCCUGGACCAUACUGCUUUUAGCAAUCCAUACAGAUUGGCAAGAGGAAGCCAGAAAGGAGGUGUUCAAUAUAUUUGGCCGGCAAAAACCAAAUCUAGAUGGCAUCGCAAAACUUAAGAUUUUGACCAUGAUUAUCAAUGAAACUCUAAGAUUAUAUCCUCCGGUGCUUGGCCUCAUGAGGAAAGUUGAAAGAGAAGUUCAAAUUGGGCAGCUUACUCUACCAGCUAACAUGAACCUGUACAUUGCUAAUGCGGCACUUCACCAUGACCCUGAAAUAUGGGGAGAAGACGUGCAUCUUUUCAAGCCAGAAAGGUUCUCAGGAGGAGUUGCUAAAGCUACAAACAACAUACCUGCUGCAUUUUUUCCCUUUGGGUUAGGACCUCGUACUUGUGUGGGUUUGAACUUUGCCACAACUGAAGCAAAAAUUACUCUGUCGAUGAUUUUGCAGAAAUACCUCUUCACCCUUUCCCCAACCUAUACCCACUCACCAUAUGAGGCAGUUACGCUCUGUCCACGAAAUGGAGUUCAGGUAAUCCUUCAUUCAUUGUGAGUGAAAGCUGUUGCUUGUUGGAAAAACAUAAUGCAAAUAUGGACGCCCUUGAAACUGAAGCUUACAGAGAAUUCAACUGAAACCUCUUGGACACGAAUUGUUCUAUCAGCUUUGUAAUAAGAUGUCAAGCGUAGAAAUAAGUAUUUUGUACAGCUUUACAAUCCGAUUGGCCUUAAAUUGAUAGGGACUAUAGCUUGUCAAGUGUCAUUUGCUGUAUUUGCCUAUUGGGUUCUGUAAUUUAACCAGCUUUGUUAUACAAUUUGUGCCAUCAGCCAGGUGUUUAUGUGUUC